AUGAAAGUGCGUGAAAUAGUGUUGGUGUCGAUAUUAUGUAUCGGUCUGGCGGCCAUUUUGUUCGCGAUCGCUGCGUACCUGUACAUAAGGAGUAGGAGACGGAAGCGAGAAGAUGAUGAAGAGGGCACCAGCUGUGCUAUCAGGGCUGAUUCAACCGCCACAGAUGGCGGUAGCAUUCGAGAAAAGGGAAUGAGUCGUCUCAACGGGUUCUUAAAUUUGAAGACACCACUCAUAAGCACUAAGACUUUGGGGUAA